CCUCCCGCCGCGCGCUCCCUCUCCACCUCGCGGAAGCCUCCCACGAUCGUUACUGCACCAGCCCACCCGCCGCAGCUGCCCAGUCCCCGAGACCCACACGCCGAGGAGCUUUUGCGCCAGAUGGAGGGCACUGCCCGGGCCAUCCUGCAUGCCAAUAUCCCUGCCCGCCGGCCAUCCAAGGGCCGUGCCUGCCACAAGAUGGCUCGCUCUCGCUCGUCGCCUGGCAUCAGCCCCAGAGAUCCGCCAUCGCCUGCCCACGAUUCUCACCACGGGUGGUCCACCCUCUCCCGGUCGCAGAAUGCCUCGCCGGUGGACCCGAAGCAGAGCCCGCAUCCGCUGCUCGAGCCCGAGUCGCCUGGCCUUGCUCCAGAGCCCGACUGCCCGGACCGCUCCCGGCCUCGCUUCUCUCCAAGGCACACGCCCACAUACAUGCGUGCUGACGAAAGCCUCCGCAGAAACCUCAAGCUGGCCAACAUCUCGCACAUCAGUUUCGAGCCCACCCCGCAGCUGGCUCCCUCCGUUGUCGAAAGCAUGCUCUGAGCGCAAGCCGCCCAUAUCACAUAUGCCAACCCCGCCUCUCGAACUCACACGCGCACUCACGUCCUGUUCGGCCAUGUCCUCGGAGUAUUCCCAGCAUUUGCCGGCAACUAUGGCUUCCUCCUUGCCCGGCAUCUGUUAAUUUUGGAACCAUGCUUAAUACUAUAGAUCAAACUUUGGCGAUGACCUCAUCCCCCCCCCACUUUUACCGUCACGACUUGGACGGUCCAAUGCUAAUGUAAUAAACCGGGACAUUGCCCC